CAAACAAGCGCAACAGAGCUUUAGUCGUCUCAGAUCUCAGCGGCGACUCCUCUCCUUGCUUGUGCUCGGUCCCUCUUCGCCAAAACCUCUUCCCUCAACGCCGCUCUUCUUCCUCUUCCGGAGGGUGUCGUGAUUGGUUUGUGAUGACGACCGGUGAGGCGGCGGCGGCGUCUCCCAAGGUUGGCGGCGCGUUCUGCAACCGCCUCCGGCACGUGGAAUCCAUGUCCCUGCAACCCUCGGGCGCGGGUCGGAUCUCACACCUUAACGCCGUCAUCCUCGGUGAGCCCCUAGAAUCCGAGGAGAACGACCUCGUCUUCCCGUCACAAGAAUUUUCCAGCCAGGCCCUCGUCUCCUCUCCCGAACAGUAUCGGAACAUGUACGAGAAAUCGAUAGAGGAUCCAGCUGGAUUCUGGUCGGAGAUCGCUUCACAGUUCUACUGGAAGGAGAAGUGGAAUCCGGAGGUCUACACCGAAAACAUUGAUGUGAGGAAGGGAACCGUCAAAUUCGAGUGGUUCAAAGGAGGCAGAACGAACAUUAGCUAUAAUGCUUUGGAUCGAAACAUCGAAGCGGGCAAUGGUGGAAAAGUUGCUAUCUAUUGGGAAGGCAAUGACCUGGGUGAUGAUGGGCGCUUGACUUACGCUGAGCUAUUGGAGAAGGUUUGCCAGCUCGCCAAUUAUUUGAAACAUGUCGGUGUGCGAAAAGGAGAUGCAGUUAUUAUUUACCUGCCUAUGCUGACAGAGUUGCCAAUUGCAAUGUUAGCAUGUGCUCGUAUUGGUGCAGUCCACUCAGUGGUAUUUGCGGGCUUCUCUUCUGAAUCACUUUCACAAAGAAUUAUUGACUGCAAACCUAAAGCAGUAAUAACCUGCAAUGCUGUGAGGAGAGGUUCCAAACCUAUUCAUCUCAAAGAGAUAGUUGAUAGCGCCCUCAGAGAAUCUGUCAAAAAUGGUGUUACAGUAGACCUGUGUUUGACUUUUGAAAACAAAUCAGCCAUGAGGAGAGAAGAUACCAAAUGGCAGGAUGGGAGAGAUGUCUGGUGGCAGGAUGUUGUCCCUCUAUUUCCAACAAAAUGUGAUGUGGAAUGGGUUGAUGCAGAAGACCCACUCUUUCUCCUGUACACUAGUGGUAGCACUGGGAAACCAAAGGGUGUUUUACAUACAACUGGGGGAUAUAUGGUAUAUACAGCAACAACAUUCAAGUAUGCAUUUGACUACAAACCUUCAGAUGUAUACUGGUGCACUGCUGAUUGUGGCUGGAUAACAGGGCACAGUUAUGUUACUUAUGGCCCACUUUUGAAUUCAGCAACCAUUGUGGUGUUUGAGGGGGCUCCAAAUUAUCCUGACGCCGGACGCUGUUGGAAUAUUGUUGAUAAAUACAAGGUGACAAUAUUUUACACAGCCCCUACCCUAGUGCGCUCCUUAAUGCGCGAAGGUGAUGCGUAUGUCACUCGCUAUCAACGGAAAUCUCUCCGUGUUCUUGGUAGUGUAGGCGAGCCAAUCAAUCCUAGUGCAUGGAGGUGGUUUUACAAUGUUGUUGGGGAUUCAAGAUGCCCUAUAUCGGAUACCUGGUGGCAAACAGAAACUGGUGGCUUCAUGAUUACGCCUUUGCCUGGUGCAUGGCCUCAGAAGCCUGGCUCCGCAACUUUUCCUUUCUUCGGAGUUCAGCCAGUUAUAGUUGAUGAGAAAGGGAAUGAGAUUGAAGGUGAAUGCAGUGGAUAUCUUUGCAUCAAAAACUCAUGGCCUGGUGCAUUCCGGACACUUUAUGGUGAUCAUGAAAGAUAUGAAACCACAUAUUUUAAACCUUUUGCUGGUUAUUAUUUUACUGGGGAUGGAUGUAGCAGGGACAAAGAUGGUUACAUUUGGCUCACUGGAAGAGUUGAUGAUGUCAUCAAUGUGAGUGGGCAUCGUAUUGGCACUGCUGAGGUAGAAUCUGCCUUGGUUUCUCAUCCCCAAUGCGCAGAGGCUGCUGUAGUUGGAGUUGACCAUGAGAUCAAAGGUCAGGGAAUUUAUGCGUUUGUGACUUUAGUGGAGGGUGUUCCUUACAGUGAAGAACUUCGGAAAAGUCUAAUUUCGGUAGUCAGAAAUCAGAUUGGUGCAUUUGCUGCCCCCGACAAAAUCCACUGGGCGCCUGGACUACCGAAGACUAGGAGUGGAAAGAUCAUGCGGAGAAUCUUACGAAAAAUUGCAUCUAGGCAGCUAAAUGAGCUUGGCGAUACCAGUACGCUUGCUGACCCUAGUGUUGUGGAACAGCUAAUUUCACUCGGCGAUUGCUAGUGAAGGAAAGGUGAUUGUAACAACAAAACAGUCAAGAGUAUAACUUAAUGCAUAUUUCUUGUGCUCUUUUAGGGAAUUUUAGCAUGGUCAAGAAAUGUGAGGCAUUGUGUGUCUGGUUUAUUGUAGUUUUUCUGGAUGCUACUUCAAUUAUGUUCUUAUUGCAAUGCAGCCAUUUGAAAUUGUUACAAAAUUAAAUAAAAGAUCAAGGAUUUUCACCCUGUUUGAGUAAAA